GAGAGCCUCCCUUUUCUUCUCCGCCUUGCAUUUGGCCAGUGGUGCAUUAAUCUGCUGCUUGCUUCCUCUAAACACUCCAAUGAGAGGCUAAAUUGAGACAACAUCUCACAGAUUUAGUCAAACACUAAGCACAGGUACUGCAUUUGGUGCCAUGAGUUGCUCCGAAAGCUUUGGUGGGGUUCGAAGAAAAAAGGCAGAAAGAAUCAAAUUACUCACUCCCGAAGCCACAAAGCCAACUUGUGGCUCAGAAUCCUCUCCGGCCUGCUGACGUGUCCAUCCCUCUCCUCGGCUCCUGCCCUGUUAAACCCCGACCUCAGAGGCAGGAAGAGGUCAAACAGAGCAGCUGAACAGGGAAGCUUGGAACAGAGGAGGAGAUGUCUGAGAACAGGGACUCCCCCACCGCCGCCACAAUCAAGCUCUUCGGCAAGACGAUCACUCUGCAGCAGAUAAUGUUUGUGACUCAGGAUCAUCAGAAAGAAGAAGACGAACCACGUUGGCAAGAGAAGAACGAAACCAGCAGUACGUGGACGAGCGAGAUCCAUAAACCGGCGGCUACCGCCGCUCACGACGAUGCCUCCACGAAGAAGACGACACCACUAGAACAGCAGCCUGAUGACGCAAGAAGCUCGAGGAAGAAGCCCGACAAGAUCCUCCCGUGUCCCCGGUGCAAAAGCCUCGACACCAAGUUCUGCUACUACAACAACUACAACGUCAACCAGCCGCGCCACUUCUGCAAGCACUGCCAGAGGUACUGGACCGCCGGCGGCACGAUGAGGAACGUCCCCGUCGGAGCUGGCCGCCGCAAGAGCAAGAAAGGCGCGUGGCAUCAGCGACGCCUCCCCGAGUUCGAGUCGGUCCUCCAGACUCUCCAUCACCCUAGUCUGAAGCCGAAUGGCACCGUGCUCAGCUUCGGCUCCGAUUCUGUACCGAGACCAGCGGAGAAGACGACGAGCUGCAACAAGAAUGGGGUCCGCGAUAACUCGGGCAGGCCUUCGGAGGCAUCUCCGGUUCCAUGUUUCAGUAGAUCUCCAUGGCCGUAUCCUUGGACGCCUCCCGUUCCCUUCUACCCUGCUGCAGCUUGCUGGAGUAUUCCAUGGCUAUCUCCUGUAGCUUGUUUGCCAUCUGCAGAAUCCAGUUCUCCGGCCCUAGACGAGCACUCGCGGGAAGGACACAUGGUGAAGAAUGGCAGUCUACAGAAGGAAGACUCCAUCUUGGUUCCUCGAACGAUGAGGAUCGAUGACCCUGAAGAAGCUGCAAAGAGCUGCAUAUGGACGAUGGUUGGCAUCAAGAGCAGCAAGAACAGUGCCAUCGGCAGCGGAGGGCUUCUCGGAUACUUCCAGCCCAAGGGAGACAUCAAGAAUCGUGCGGGGGAGGCAGCGUCUCUGCUGCAUGCCAACCCUGCGGCACUGUCUCGAUCUCUCAACUUCCAGGAGACCUCCUAGAGGAGAAGUUUGCAUGGUAGGAAGAAGAAGAUUGUUAGCAACAAGAUGCAGCAGUAGGAAAUAGUGUAGCCUUGUGUUAGAUGUGAUGGUUUGGUUGGGUGAGAGGAGAGUGCGAAGUUAUUCUGCACAUAAAUAACUCUGCAAACUUGAUUGAGGAGAAUGAUCAAAGUCGCUGUUUGCUUA